CACAUACGCAUGUGAGUUUACUAUACAAUGCAGAUAUCAACGAUAAGAUGCAACAUAUGAACUUCUACAAUGCACACGUCAUCUUACUAAAAUGCAAUUGCUGGACUCGGGCCGGGUAGAAAGAAAGAGAGGAUUUGCUAUUGGACGCAUUUAUUACGUACGCCCUGGAGCAGGUGAGAAGUACUAUCUACGGAUACUGUUGAAUAUUGUGAAGGGAGCAACCAGCUUUGAGGACUUGAGGACUUAUGAAGGGAUCGUAUAUCCUACAUUUAGAGACGCGUGCCAUGCACGUGGUUUGCUUAAAGAUGACAAGGAGUAUAUUGACGGCAUUACAGAUGCAAGUUUCUGGUCAUCUUCACGGUCGCUCCGCAUUGUAUUUGCUACUCUACUGGUUUCAAAUGAGUUUUCUAAGCCAGGUUUAGUGUGGCAAAAGUGUUGGGAGUUUUUCUCUGAUGACAUACUAUACAACAUUCGCAAGAAUACGGGUAAUCCAGAUUUUGAACUAGAUCAAGAGAAAAUUGAAAAGUAUUGUUUGUUGGAGAUUCAGAAGCUCUUGCAGUCAAGAGGUAGAUCACUACGUGAUUUUGCUGGCAUACCCUUGCUACCUGAUGAUGAAAUGCCCUCGCUUGAAGAAGUUCUCAUUCAUGAAGAGCUGCGGUAUGAUAAAUCGUAUUUGAUGGAGGAGCAUGCAAAGUUAUUGGCCGAGAUGACAGAUGAACAACGUGUUGUGUAUGACAGAAUAAUGGAAUCUGUAGAUCGUAGAAACGGGAAAUUCUACUUUUUAUAUGGUCAUGGAGGAACUGGGAAAACAUAUCUAUGGAGGACUUUGUCUGCAGCUGUUAGAUCUCGCGGUGAUAUAGUUCUUAAUGUUGCUUCAAGUGGUAUAGCAUCGCUUCUGUUGCCUGGAGGAAGGACCGCACAUUCGAGGUUUGCGAUUCCACUUAGUAUUGUAGAAGACUCCACGUGCAACAUAAAACAUGGUAGUUGUUGGCUAAGCUGAUAGAGUUAUCAAAGUUGAUUAUAUGGGAUGAGGCACCGAUGAUGCAUCGACACUGUUUCGAAGCUCUUGACCGGAGUAUGAGAGACGUGCUUCGUUACUCCAUCCAUUGUGACGCUACCUUGCCUUUUGGUGGGAAGACGAUUGUAUUUGGUGGUGACUUUAGACAGAUUCUUCCUGUGAUAACAAAAGGCACAAGACAGGAUAUUGUGCACGCUGCACUGAACAGUUCAUUCCUGUGGUCACAUUGUACUGUAGUGAGGCUUACUAAAAACAUGAGGCUCGCGAGGAUGCUCGGCCAGCCGGAUGGACCAACUAUCCAAUCUUUUGCGGAGUGGAUUUUGAAGAUUGGUGACGGGGCUUUUGCUGAAAAUGAAGAUGGAGAAUCACUCAUUGAUAUACCAGACGAUAUGAUCGCUCCAAUGAUGUCUGAUCCCGUUGAAUCUAUAGUUCAAGCUAUUUAUCCUGAUUUCUUAACCCAGAGUGAUCCGAUUAAUUAUCUUAAUUCCAGGGCUAUUCUUGCUCCGACCAUAGAUGAGGUUGAUAAGGUCAACGAUUACAUGUUGAGCAAGAUUGAUUCAGAGUUAAAGACAUACCUUAGCUCAGAUUCAGCUUCUUCAUCUGACUCGAAUAGUAAUGAUCUC